AUGGUGGUUAAAGAGACGGUGGCGGAAGUAAUCGCAGCAGCAGCAGACGGUGGCGGAGGUAUUUCAUCGUCUUCAUCAACAUCACCUUCGGAAGGUACCUCUUCUGCUUCGUCUCCACCGACACAAAGCGAUAUAAGCUAUACUUCGUAUUUAUACAAUUUCACUUAUCACGAUCUCAAGGAAGCAACAAAAAACUUCUUACCAGAACUGUUCCUUGGUGAAGGAGGCUUUGGUUCUGUGUAUAAAGGUUGGAUAGUUCCUAACGAGAGAUCUAGAGUGGAGAUCCCAAUAGCUGUUAAAACUCUUAACAUAAAUGGUUUUCAAGGCCACAAAGAAUGGGAGGCCGAAAUAAACCAUUUGGGUGCUCUACGGCAUCCCAAUUUGGUCAAACUCGUUGGAUAUUGCAUUGAAAACGAGCAUAGAGUGCUUGUCUAUGAGUUCAUGCCAAGAGGAAGCUUGGAAAAUUAUCUGUUUAAGAGACGAACUACGCCUCUCACAUGGGGUGUAAGAAUGAAAAUUAUGCUUGGUGCUGCAAAAGGGCUUGCAUUUCUGCAUGAGGAAGCUAAAAAGCCACUCAUAUAUAGAGAUUUCAAAACUUCCAAUAUCCUAUUAGAUUCGGAAUUCAAUGCCAAACUUUCCGAUUUUGGGCUAGCUAAAGAUGCUCCGGUGGGAGAUAAAACUCAUGUGUCAACUGAAGUGAUUGGAACUCAAGGCUAUGUAGAUCCUGAGUAUGCAAUGACAGGACACCUUACAUCCAAGAAUGAUGUCUAUAGUUUUGGUGUAGUACUCCUUGAGAUGUUAACAGGAAGAAAAGCAAUUGACGGUAGAAGGCCAGAAAAUGAACAAGUUUUGGUUGAAUGGGUAAAACCAUUCUUAAAAAACUAUGGAGGAGAAUACUUUCAAAUAAUGGAUCCUAAACUUCAAGGGCAAUAUUCAAAAAGAGCUGCUUACAGGGCCAUAAAGAUAGCGGUAAAUUGUAUUUACGUUGAACAAAAAUUAAGACCGCUUAUGAGUGAAGUCGUGAAGGACCUCAAGAAUAUCCUCGAUUACAGUGACAUGCCUGGUUCACCAUUACCGCCACCACCAUUAUCGUCUAAGGGAUCGGAUGCUGGCCCUUCCUCUAGUCAUGCUGGUCGCGGUGCUAACAAAUAUGAUCUCAAUGCUGCUUCAUCAUCUUCGGCUAUGUCUACUCCAAAUCGUUUUCAGGGUUCGCCAUUAAGGUUUACCCCUCCUUUUCUUUCACCAAUUUCUCAUUAUGGUGGAAAUCCUUGA